GGGGAGCAUAAAAGUGUUUGAUCAGGCUCUGUUUCUCCACUGACACCAGCGAAACCCUCCAUCUCUCCUCCCCUCUCCAUACAGUGUCGCUUGACUGAGAGGCGCACGGUGCCUGGAGGAGACCGGAGCGCUGCGCGGGGGUGGAACGGGACGAGCCUCUCCUUUAAUUACCGGAUCGAAACCCCGGGAAUUCCUACCAGACGCUGCUGGGAGCAGGGUCAUGCUAUAAGUCGAAUGACGAAAUAAAAGGGUUCAAAUGGCCGAUCUUAAAGUCCUCUUCUGUGGUCAAGGCGGUGUACGGUCUGAUCACAGGGACCUCGAACGGUCCAUAAAACAGCAGCAAAGUCAUCACUUAGUGUGCACGGAUGAAAGGUCUCUUUCCAAUGAAGAGUGCUGCCAGGCGUAUGUGGAGGAGAAUGUUAAUGAAGCCAAUGGGUUUUCAGAACCAUGGACAGCGACUCUGCCAAUCGGACGACUUCACAAACUCAAUGAAUGGGGAUUAGAUGAAGAAGUUCAUAUAUGUUACGACACGGAAUACGAAACAGCUUUUCCCGGUGUGACUGACCACACCGAACAAAAAGAUGACAAAUUGUUAGCGGAGGAAACCAACUAUGACUGUUGGAGUUCACCCAGAGAUCCCCAAGACGGCGCCCCAGAAUGUUCCCUCUUGUCCAUUGACGAUUUCAUGGUGGAUUCAUCAGAACAAUCUGUGGAUUAUGGAUUUAUAGGUGCUGUUACCUUUUUGGUCACUGGAAUAUCCUUGGUUGUCAUCUCUUACACUGUCCCACGUGAUGUCAAAGUGAACCCAGACAGCGUGUCUGCCCGGGAGAUGGAACGGUUGGAGAGAGAGAACGCCCAAGUGGGUGCCCACUUGGAUAGGUGUGUGAUCGCAGGGCUGUGCCUCCUCACGCUCGGAGGCGUGGUACUGUCGACCUUGCUUAUGAUUUCCAUGUAUAAAGGCGAGAUGAUCAGAAGACAAGCGUUGGCAUACUCCAAGCAUCAAGCCAGACUGUAUGGCUCGAUGAAUUUUAGAGCCGGAGGAAGUCCGACCGGUGCUCCUUCGCUUUUGUCCCUUGAUGAAGAUGAAGUUCCCGUUGAAGUCUUGAGUUGAAAAAAAAUGCUUUUGAAAACAUAUUCAUAUUGAUUCAUAUUGAACAUAAACAGUGUGUUAUAUUGUUUACAUGUUUUAUCAGGUCAGGUUACAGAUAAACAGAUCGACUACAAAAAGCACGUAAAUAUGUGAAUGUGAAUGAAUGACUUUUUUGGGUCAUAUAUUGGAAAGUCAUUUUGAUGGGGCAGAUCAGGCAGAAGUUGCACACUAAAGUAACAGCUACAUAUUGACACAUUUAGCAUUUAACAGAAAACUAAAUUAAGUUAAGUGUAGGAAAAAAUAACAGGACAAGAAACAUGGAGCUUGAGUUGUUCUCAUAAUGUGCUUGUGUAAAUGUGAAGAUUUUUCCAAAGCAUAUGUUCUUGUAAAUAUACAGCA